GCACCGUCACGGCGGUGUAAAGCGCGUUUCACCGAGUCAUUAUGAAGCAACUUUUGCAUACCGCAUCAGGUUCGAUUGUCGUGGUAGGACUGCGGAACCGGGCUUUUACGGGUCGACUGGAUGCCGGUGAUGUCGUCGAACUCGAACCAUCGCCGCCAGCGCUGGUUCCCGUAGCAGUAAAGCACUCCGGGACAAACGAUUCUCUCCAACGGGCAACCGACACCAAAACAAAAGCACAUUAUGUCGAGGGAAGCGAGAAAGCAGCGGCAUCUCCACAACCUGGCACCCAAACGGUGGAAACGGUGGCAUUGGACGAGAUUCAGGCGGUUGCCGUGCACACCUCGGUUGGUCCGGGAAGCGACACUGCCUGGUACUGCGCCGUUGCUCGCUACGACAAGACUUUGACUGUUUACCACGUACUGAAUGGAAAGGCGCGGAUUGUGUCACAGCAUCGUACAGGCAAACGUGCCAGUAGUUUAGUCUUUGCGACGGUCUCGGCCACUGGUGCGACGCCAGCAACAGCAACGACAACAAGCCAGUCACUGAAUGAUCUAACCGUGGUGAUAGCGGGAGAUUUGGCGGGAGAUGCGACCGCUUUUCCUUUGGAGUUAGACCAGAACGUUACGGUCGAUGUCGAAAACCCCCCACGGCGGGUGCUACUCGGACACACUGCAAGUAUGCUGACGGCGGUCAAGGUUGUCCCGAGCCACGAUGCCGGUACCGAUGAAAUGACGAAUUGGAUUUUAACAGCCGAUCGCGACGAAAAGAUUCGGAUAUCAAGCUUUCCCGCCACACAUGAUAUUCAAUCAUUCUUACUUGGUCACGAAGCCUUUGUGUCGGAUAUUGACGCAAACGACACGGAAUGUGUGAGUGUGGGUGGGGAUGGUACGAUCCGAUACUGGGACAUUUCCACAGGAGCGGAGCUCGCCACACUCACGUGCACUGAAUCAUCGGCUGGUCGAAUGACGAUUCCAGUCAAGGUUUCGUUUCUUGGGAAAGAUCAGAUUGCGGUUAUAUACGACGAGAGCACGACUCUGGAUAUACUGACCGUCACAAGAAACGUCAAUGCGGUCACGCUGACUCCGUUGACCCAAAUUUCGGUUGCGUCUCAACCAUUGGCAAUCGCUUCCCCUGAUGAUCACAUUCUAUUACUACUGGCGGCCGAGCCGUUGUAUCUGCAGGCGUUCGCGGUCGUAAGACACGAACACCGAGCAUGUUCCUUGGAAUCACAGUCCUGGCCGUUCCUAAACGCACUGCGGACUUCGGUGGCCGAGUAUGGGCCUAUUCAAAUGCCCACGACUGUACUGGAGCGCGAUGAAUGCGGACGUUUAAAAAUGGACAAGCUCAACGAGACCCGCACGACUAAUUUACCUUGGAACAAUGUGGACCGAAGAGAAAAGGCGAAGAACCGCAACAAGCGACAGAAGAAACGUCGCAAGCAAGCGCAAGACGAUGA